AUGGAAAUCAACCCCGACAAACAAGUUAUGUAUGUGGCUUGUCGGUUGAAGGGCGGUGCCAGUGCGUGGUGGCUGCAACUUAUACAAUAUCGUCGUCGUGAAGUUCUUGCCUUGCCAAAUUUUGAGAAGCCAUUUCAUGUGGAUGCUAACACCUCAGUAGUAGGUAUUGGUGUUGUGCUUUCUCAGGAGUCGAGGCCUAUUGAAUUCUUUUGUGAAAAGCUGAGUCCACCAAGGCAGAAGUGGUCCACUUAUGAACAGGAAAUGUAUGCAGUGGUGCGAUCAUUGAAACAGCGGGAGCAUUACUUGCUUCAUCAGGAUUUUCAUAAGGAAGGAAAACUCAACCGGGUGGCUGAUGCGCUUAGCAGGAAAGCAGCCCUACUCACUCGGUUGCAAAAAGAGAUCACUGGGAUACAAGAAAUGAAGAAUCUCUAUGCCGAGGAUGCUGAUUUUGCCAGUUACUGGGAACAAUGCAUGUCCGGCAAACCUUGUAAGGAUCUUAUUGUACGCCAUGGUUUCCUGUUUAAAGCUAAUAACCUAUGCAUUCCCAACUCGUCCUAUAGGCAACAUCUUAUCAAGGAAACUCAUUAUGGAGGCCUGUCGGCGCAUGUUGGCAGAGACAAAACUCUCGCCUAG